AUGUCUUCCCUACCUCCGGUCUACAUUGUCUCCGCCGCCCGCACGCCAGUGGGCUCUUUCCUGGGUUCUCUCUCGAGCCAGACCGCUCCGCAGCUGGGUUCCCAUGCGAUCAAAGCUGCCCUUAACAAAGCCGAUGGGAUCAAGCCUUCCGAUGUACAGGAGGUUUUCUUCGGCAACGUUCUUUCUGCGAAUGUCGGACAGAACCCCGCCAGACAAUGCGCUCUUGGCGCCGGACUCGACGAGUCAACCGUUUGCACCACUGUUAACAAGGUCUGUGCCUCGGGGUUGAAGGCGGUCAUUCUUGGUGCUCAGACCAUCAUGACUGGAAAUGCAGACAUCGUUGUUGCAGGCGGUACUGAGUCCAUGUCCAAUGCCCCGCAUUACCUUCCGAACCUCCGCAAUGGCGCCAAGUAUGGCCACCAGAGCUUGGUGGAUGGUAUUAUGAAGGAUGGCCUGACAGAUGCGGGAAAGCAGGAGCUUAUGGGUCUGCAGGCUGAGGAGUGUGCUCAGGAUCAUGACUUCACCAGGGAGCAGCAGGAUGAGUAUGCUAUCCGGACCUACGAAAAGGCCCAGGCUGCCCAGAAGGCCGGCCUCUUCGACGAAGAGAUUGCACCUGUUGAACUACCCGGCUUCAGGGGUAAGCCAGGUGUCACCGUCGCUCAAGAUGAUGAGCCCAAGAAUCUCAACCCUGAUAAGCUUCGAAGCAUCAAGCCCGCUUUCAUUCCUGGCUCUGGAACCGUGACGGCCCCCAACUCCUCUCCUCUUAACGACGGCGCCGCCGCUGUUGUCUUGGUUUCCGAGGCCAAGGUUAAAGAGCUGAACCUCAAGCCUGUUGCAAAGAUUCUCGGUUGGGGAGAUGCCGCACACCAACCCAGCAAGUUCACCACUGCUCCUGCGUUGGCAAUUCCCAAGGCGCUCAAGCAUGCAGGUGUCGCUCAAGAUUCCAUCGAUGCCUUUGAAAUCAACGAGGCCUUUAGCGUUGUUGCUCUCGCAAACAUGAAGCUUCUGAACCUACCUGAAGAAAAGGUCAACCUUCAUGGUGGUGCUGUGGCUAUUGGCCACCCCAUUGGUGCCAGUGGUGCUAGGAUCUUGACUACCCUGCUCGGAGUUCUCAAGGCGAAGAAGGGCAAGCUCGGCUGUGUCGGAAUCUGCAACGGUGGUGGUGGUGCUAGUGCCAUGGUAGUGGAAUCCCUCGUCUAA